CAAGCAUACGACGUCCAAUUUACGCGGGUGUGCUGAUGCUUCGGGGACGGGUAUCCAACCAGCCGAAAGGCACCAGGAGAGCGGGCGGAUAGUUCGAAGACGCAGUUUGGGGGGGACGAUCGCACGAUAUGGCUACGGACGACGAAGACGGCGGUGUCGGAGCCAACACGCCGCCGGCGGUCGCGCUGGAGUGGCGUAGGCGACCGGGCAGGGAACAGUGGUCAAACAAAACGGAUUUUCUGAUGUCGGUCAUAGGGUUCGCCGUGGACUUGGCCAACGUAUGGCGAUUUCCGUACCUGUGUUAUAAGAACGGUGGAGGGGCAUUUUUAAUACCUUAUUGCACUAUGUUGUUGGUUGGUGGAAUUCCUUUGUUCUAUAUGGAAUUGGCCCUCGGGCAAUUUUAUCAAACUGGAGCAAUAACAUGCUGGGGUAGACUAGUUCCACUGUUCAAAGGCAUUGGUUACUCAGUCGUCUUGAUUGCGUUUUAUGUGGACUUUUAUUACAACGUAAUUAUAGCAUGGGCAUUGAGAUUUUUUUUGGCUUCAUUUACGAACAUUUUACCUUGGACCACCUGUGACAACGACUGGAAUACAAACUACUGCCAACCGUUAACAAUAUGGUCAAAUGAUUCAAGUUUAAGCUCAAUAGACAACGUUACAGUAUUAGCAAAUGAUUCCCGCUUAGCGUCUGCUUCUUCGGAGUACUGGUUACGUAGAGUGCUUGAAUUAAACCACAGCGAAGGUAUUCAUGAUUUGGGAUAUAUUAAAUGGGAUAUGGCAGGAUGUUUGUUUUUGGUUUACCUUAUAUGUUACUUCAGCUUAUGGAAAGGAAUAUCUACUUCGGGCAAAGUUGUUUGGUUUACUGCAUUGUUUCCAUACGUAGUAUUAAUUUUUUUACUUAUCCGAGGAAUCACUUUACCUGGUUCAGCACAAGGAGUUCGUUAUUAUUUGUAUCCAAAUUUUUCCAUGAUUGCUAAACCAGAGGUUUGGGUUGAUGCGGCUACACAAGUAUUCUUUUCAUUAGGUCCUGGAUUUGGAGUAUUAUUAGCAUACGCUUCUUAUAACAAAUAUCAUAACAACGUUUUGAGAGAUGCAUAUUUAGCGAUUAUGUGCAAUUCGAUAACGAGCUUUUUAUCCGGCUUCGUUAUUUUCACUGUCCUGGGUUAUAUGUCUCAUGUGUCUGGUCGACAAAUUCAACAUGUGGCAACCGAAGGACCCGGAUUAGUGUUUAUCGUUUAUCCUGCAGCCAUAGCAGCGAUGCCAGGGUCAGUGUUUUGGGCUUUGAUAUUCUUCAUGAUGCUACUCAACUUAGGCCUCGAUAGUUCGUUUGGAGGAUCGGAAGCAAUCAUAACUGCGAUGAGCGACGAAUUCCCAUUGAUAAGACGUAAUCGGGAAGUAUUUGUAGCGUUGCUGUUUCUUCUCUAUUUUGUGGUCGGUCUCGCAUCGUGCGCUCAAGGAGGAUUUUACUUCUUUAAUUUACUCGAUCGCUAUGCUGCCGGUUACUCGAUGCUCAUCGCAGUGUUAUUUGAAACUAUUGCCGUAUCGUGGAUCUAUGGUGUCGAUAGAUUUUGUGACGACAUCAAAGAUAUGAUGGGCCAUAGUCCUGGCGUUUACUGGAGAUUUUGUUGGCGGUUUGCUGCACCUCUGUUCUUAGUUUUUAUCAUAGUGUACGGACUGUUGGGAUAUGAACCGUUGACUUACGAAGGUUACGUGUACCCGGCUUGGGCGAAUGUGCUCGGUUGGAUAAUCGCUGGCAGCAGUGUCGCAAUGAUUCCAGCGGUAGCGCUUUAUCAGUAUUGCAACACCUCGGGAACGCAUUUACAGAGAAUAAAAAUUUUGACUACACCUUGGCGGGACGAACACGACGACGAUCCGAUUUCUAUUAACGGACUGCAUAUACUCUCUGAUCCAGCGCAAGUGAGAUUGACCAGUCCCGUUGCAUCUGUGGACGUUUGAGUUCCAAUAGAAACGUCAUCAUAUUAUACCCUCUGAAAUCCAAUGAUUACAAGUGAAUUUAAGCGAGUAAACAGCCGAUAUCGUCUGUCGCUUAAACAAUAGUGUUUAAAUUAGUUGUUUUAAUUCAAAUGAUUGCAUACAUAAUUUUAGUUUGCCUAAUGAAAUGAGAGCUGACACUCAAAAAUGCUUGUGUGCUUAUGUGUGAAAAUCAAAUAACCAUUUCAGAAUUUUUCGUAAAUGAGUUUGGUAAUAAAAUAGUUGUAGGAAAAAAAUAGUAGGUAAUAAUACGUUAUUACGCUUAUAUUAAGCUUUUAUGAUUAAUUAUUAAUUUUAUUAUAGACAUUUAUUCGUUCUUAGAUUUUAAGUAUAAAAAAAUUUAAACCCCGUUGCAAAGUCGAUAAUUACACUGAAGAUACGAAGAUACUCGUAUAGUUGUUUUGUAAAGUCAACGACAACGACUAUUUAAAUUACGAUGAUCUCAGCCUCCGAUCAAAUAAUUGUAAUAAACCGUCAUUAACUUGUAUUUUAAUGAUUGAUAAUAAUCAAUAGCAUUGUUACUCGCUAGUUUAAGUAUUGAAAGCAGUAGGCAAAUUAUAUUGGAAUUUAAUAGUUUAAAAUAAGAAUAACCACAGCGAUCUACCGGUGUAGACAACUGUGAUAAGAACCUAUCGCUAGGUAUGUACACUACAUUACAUAUUAGGUACAUCAUUUUUAAUUUUAUUUCCCUUUUAUAAAUUAUUAUUAGGAUAGUAUUAUAUAACUUCUUUGAUUAAUGGCUAUUUUUUAGGGGAGUAAAAGUCUUACAAUAAUAUUAAAUCUGAAAUUGAAUGAACAGUUAAUAGGUAUAUUAUUAUGUUAUAUCUACGAGUAUAUAACUUUAUUAGGUAGGUAGUUUGUUUUAUUUUGAUAAAACUUCAACACAAACAAUUUCAAUGAAAAUUAUUUUGAAUAUAUUAUCGUUCUGAGUGUUUUGAUGUUCUAUAAAUACUACGUAUGGAAAAAAAAAUAAGAGCUCAACUGUUUGGUUUUUUUGUAAAAACAAUUAUGAAAUAAAUAAACGAAAACAAUCUUGUUUUACAGUUAACAUUUUUAUUAUAAUUAAAGAUAUCUUUAAUCGUGGUUUCUAACGAACAGUAUACGUAUAUUAUAGUAUCAUAACAUGAAGUUUUACAGAGACAUAGCCCUUUUUGAUAAAUGAUAAAUGCACCUAUUAGUACCUAAGCUGGUAACUUAGGUAGGUAAAUUUUAUCUGUAAUAUCUAAUUACUAAAUGUUUGUUUCUGUAAUGAACAAAACGUAUAUAAUGAAUGUAUUGAGUGUGUUAAAUGUAAAUAAUCAGUUAUAUUUUUAAUAUAACUUUUCAAAUUUAAAAUAGCUUUUCACUUAUGUUGUUUGUUUUAGAAUAAUAAUAUAAUAAUCAUGGUGUAUUGAAGUUACUAUAGUGUAGUUAUUACUUUACUAGUACGCUGUACAAGUACAAUACUAAUUAGUUAUUAUACAUAAGUGAUAGACUAGUUGCCUGUUCAGCACGUUAGUAUAGGUACGUAAAAAAAUUAUUUUCUAGUCAUUCUUAAAUACAAACAAAAACAUUCUUUCACUCCUUCAGAAGUUGUACAUGUGUAAUAUUUAGCCUCAAGUUCUGUAGUUCAAAACGUAAUUUAAUACUUGAAUGAUAAAUCUAAUUGGUUGAAAUCGGGGCCAAAUAAUUUGUUUUUAUCGGUUAUAAUAAAAAUACACCUAUUGAAACGUUUAUAAUUUUUCUGGUCUGUGUGAGUUACUGAUGAGUCUUAACUCAAAUGUAUAAUACUUUUAGUUUUCACAAAUGUGAUUCAAAAUAAUAUACCUAUUGUGAGAUAAAAAAAAAAAAUUGUAACCUAAAAAGACAAUUUCAAUUUUGAAAGAAACGUUUAGACAAAUUUAUGAUGGUUAAAAAAAUAAUUAAGUUUUUGAUUAAUAAUUUAGAACUUUAGCUCAUGGCAAUAUCUUAGCCAUACGUAGUGAAUAGCGUUGUGUUAAGAGUUUUGGCUGACACCAAUCUUAGUAGAAUAGUCUAACUUACAUAUAUUAAAUAACGUAUGUUAGUAGUUACUAGUUAAUAGUUAUUAGUUAACGACAUAUUUGUCGAAAUAUUAGAACAAAGUAGUUUGUUUAGUCGUUGGAUUUUAUAUCAAUUUAUGUAUUAUUAAGGUUUUAUUAAUGUACUACUUAUUUGUACACUUUAUAAAUAAUUAUAAAACAGUCCGAAUCAACAAAAUGUUAAUGAUAUGAGCAUAAAAAAAUGUGUGUAUAUAAUAAUGUGAAAU